AGGUGUGUCGUCUACCUUGACUACGAGGCUCUCCUCGGUGUGUUACGGUCACCGUCUCCGCCACAAUUUUAACGUUUUCCAUCUGAAAUCAUUCCUCGCUUGUCUUCAUCAUGGCGGCCGCUGUCCACCGCCUUCCCGCCGUCACGUUCGCGCUGCUGUUGUCUUUUUCUCCCGACCCGGUGUCCUCGCGCAGAGACGUGCUCGAGCUCGGCGACGCGGACUUCGACUACCUGGCAACGGGGCACGAGACCAUGCUGGUGAAAUUCUACGCUCCAUGGUGUGGUCACUGUAAGAAGUUGGCUCCAGAUUUUGAGAAAGCAGCGACCAGACUGAAGGGAAGCGUCCAGCUGGCCAAGGUGGAUUGUACGGCUCACUCAGAGGUCUGUAGUCGUUUCGGGGUGUCGGGUUACCCCACACUGAAGAUCUUCAGGAACGGAAGAGACUCCGCCCCCUACGACGGACCCCGCUCCGCAGAUGGCAUCUAUCACUACAUGAAGAAGCAGACAGGUCCAGACUCUGUUCACCUGCAGACUGAAGAAGACCUGCAGACCUUCGUCAGCCACUACGAUGCCAGUGUCGUAGGUGUGUUUUCAGGUGCAGACAGCUCUCAUCUGGCAGAGUUUCUGAGAGGUGCAGGUCUGCUGAGAGAACAGUUCAGAUUUGCUCACACUGAUGAUCUGAAGCUGGGCGAGAAGCACGGAGUUACCUCUGAGAGUGUGUUGUUGUUCAGACCGCCCAGACUUGCCAAUAAGUUUGAGGACAGCGUCCUGGUCUUUAAAGAUUACCUGACCAUCGGAUCCCUCAGACGCUUCAUCGGAGAUAACAUCUAUGGUCUGUGUCCUCACAUGACGGCGGACAACAGAGACCGUCUGAGAGUUCGUGACCUGCUGACAGCGUACUACGACCUGGACUACCAUCACAAUACCCAAGGGUCCAACUACUGGAGGAACAGGGUGAUGAAGAUGAUGUCUAAAUUUUCCGGGCAUGGCCUGACAUUCUCAGUAGCCAAUAAGAAGGACUUCCUGUCUGAGCUGGAGGAGGACUUCGGCCUGGGAACAUCAGAUGGCGGAGAUCUGCCCUUCAUCACAAUCCGGACCAAACUGGGCCACAAGUACACCAUGAGAGAGGAGUUCACGAGGGAUGGGCAGUCCUUGGAGAGAUUUCUGACUGACUACUUUGCAGGUCGACUCAAACGUUACAUCAAGUCUGAACCUGUACCUGAGAGGAACUCUGCUGCUGUGAAGACGGUCGUUGCUGAGUCUUUUGACGAGCUGGUCAACGAUCCGAGCAAAGACGUCCUGAUCCAGUUUUACUCUCGCUCCUGUCCGCACUGCAAGAAGCUGGAGCCGGUGUACCGAGAGCUGGCUGACACGCUCUCCUCUGAUCCAAACGUCGUCAUUGCUAAAAUGAACGCGGCUGAUAACGACGUCCCGCUGGGAUACGACGUCCAGGGGUUUCCCACCAUUUAUUUUGCUCCAGCGGGUAAAAAGGACGAGCCAAUCAGAUACGAGGGGGGUCGAGAGCUCAGAGACUUCCUGAAGUUUCUGAAAAGUGAGGCGAGUCACCGGCUGCUGAUCGGCGGCCCGAAGGUCGAACUCUGACACGUCUUCAUCUACCAAUCACGUCGGAUUACAGCUGGUCUCCAUGACAACAUACUCACUGCCCUAAUAAACCUGAGACCUUCCAAUCAGAUUCUCCCGUCAUCAUGACAUCACCAGUCUGCCUGCUGAUUCAUUUUGUUUCUAUUUGUAUUAUUUGUUAUUUAUUUAUUUUAUAUUUGGAUACGUGUUUGGACUAAGGGGGCUUGGUCACUUGUUUUUGGAGAAUGUUGAAAGGCAUUCUGGGAAAUGUAGUGAAUAGAGCACAAUGAAUAUUAUAGAGUUAAACAAACAUUGUUAUGCAACAAUCCUUUACAUUAGUCUUUUAGCCUCGGUGGACUCAUGUCUGCACAGAUUUGAUCUCAACUUAAAAUUAAACUUGUUUCUGAUUCUUCAAUGUUGGCUGGUGAUGGGUUCACUGUCUGGAUAACAGCGUCUGCUGAAUGACCUGGAAUGUUUUAUUAUUUCCAAAAUGCUCGUAUGUAAAAACAUUUAAAAGUGUUUAUUAUUUGUUUGUGUUGAGACAUUUUUUUAAAUGUAUUAUUUUGUUUACUUUCUUUUACAGAUGUAUUAUUUGUAUUGGCACUCCUCUGGGUUAGGGUUAACCCCAUGAUAUUUGCUUUUUUUUAAUUAAGGCAAGACUGUAAUCUACAUUUCUUCAUGCAUUGGUCAGUUUUGAAAGUUUGGGCUGUUCUGCUUUCAGAACUCGUCUUCUGUCAGACUUAAAGAAAACAUCAGAAUCACAUCAGAGUGUGUGUGUAGAUUUAAACUCACAACAGCUACAUUACAUAACGCCUCAUGUACAGAUUUAAACAUGAACACUUGUAAUAUAAACUGUGUUGAUGUGAGUCAUGAAGUGGGGAAGCUUCAUGCUGAUAUCUGUUAGUUACAGUUUUUACCCUGUUCACCUGUAGUGUGUCCUUUAAUCGACAGAUCUUAACGACACGAGAAUUAACGAGGCAUUUUCACACAUUUUCAAAUCAUGUGACAUCACAAAAUCUGAUUUUAUUUUAUUCUAUAAUUUCUUUUGAAAAUGACACUUCCUGUCACUACGCGUUCGCUAGUUCACAGCUACUGUCAAUUUCACGCACUGUUUUUUUAUUGAUAUUUAUUUUAUGCAAACGUAUUUAUUGAUUUCAUCAUCUGUGGAAACUGGACGACAAAUCUUUUAUUCAUUUGAACAUUAGCAGAGCUUUUUUUGUACAUUUAGUGACAAACUGAUGAAAGUUUACUGAUGCAAAAAUCUAUUCUGAGCCUUAUUUUAGAAGUGUUUAAUAAAACUGACUGAUAUCCAA